UUCAUCAAGUAGUCAACGCCCUUCCCAUCGCCACACAGUGAUAGGCUGACAGCACUGGGCGCCCUUCACCUACGACUUUUCCCCCACCUGCGCGGCGGCGCUUGCGCCGAAGUCUCCCGCCAGUCUACGGCCGCGCGCCGCCCUGCCGGUUUCUUUGGAAGGGAAUGGCGGGAGGCGAGGCUAGGGGCGGGGAGUGCGGCUACUACACGACGGACGACGCGCUGUCCCAGGUGGGCUUCGGGAGGUUCCAGGCGCUGGUGCUGGCCUACGCCGGCGUGGGCUGGACCGCGGAGGCCAUGGAGAUCAUGAUGCUGUCCUUCGUCGGCCCGUCCGUGAAGGACGAGUGGGGAAUCUCCGGCCAGCAGGAGGGGCUCAUCACCAGCGUCGUCUUCGCCGGGAUGAUCAUCGGGGGCUGCCUCGGGGGCGUCAUCUCGGACUCAUAUGGCAGAAGGAUUGGUUUUCUAUUCACCGCGGUUGUCACUGGCAUAUUUGGUUUUCUCAGUGCUUUGUCACCUAACUACAUGUGCCUAUUAACCCUCCGCUUUAUUGUCGGUAUGGGAUUGGGUGCUGGUCAUGUUCUUGGUACUUGGUUCCUAGAGUUUGUUCCGGCUGCAAACAGGGGUACUUGGGUGGUUGUCUUCCAUUGUACUUGGACUUUUGGAACAAUCCUUCAGGCUCUUAUUGCAUGGGCUAUCAUGCCAGUACUUGGAUGGAGGUGGUUGAUAGCGUUGUCUUCAACACCAUGUUUCAUUCUGCUUAUUUUCUACAGUAUAACACCUGAAUCACCACGGUACCUCUGCUCAAGAGGUAGAACAGCUGAUGCUCAAUUUAUUUUGGAGAGAGUAGCAAUAAUGAACAACAUGGCUCUGCCCCCUGGCAUCUUAAUAGUUGGCCCACAAAUAAGGUCUGAUGAUGUUGUUGAUGUGGAGACAAUAGUACCGCUGAUUCUUUCACAAGAUAGUGCUGCAACUGACGUUUGCAUGAGCUCCUCUAUAUCCAGAUCUAUUAAUGCAUUCCGUACACUUGUGUCACGAAGCCUGAUUAGAUCUACACUUCUUCUUUGGUUUGUCUACUUUGCAUUUUGUUUUGCUUACUAUGGUAUAGUAUUGCUAACAUCGGAACUAAGCAAUGGUGCAAGGAGAUGUGGACCUGUUGGAAUGCAUUUGUGGCAGCAAAAUGAUGCCAGACUCUACAGAGAUGUCCUGGUGACAAGUAUUGCGGAAUUUCCUGGUCUGAUUUUGGCGGCUCUAUUGGUUGACAAAGUUGGUCGCAAACUGUCAAUGGGAGCGUUUGCUUUUCUGUGCCUUGUUUCCAUCGCACCACUUGCGGCACCUCUAGAAGAAGGUUUAGCAACCGUCCUUCUAUUCAGUGCCCGGACUUGUAUCACGGGGAGUUAUGCUGUUCUCUAUAUUUACGGCCCUGAGUACCAAGAAGGAUAAAGAACUCUGGUAAUGAGAACAACUCCACAUCCAUCUCAACAUAAAAGGCUGCAAUGUAGUGACGCAUCUUCAUAACAUUAGAAAUAGAUCUACCCUUCAUCAUGUCGAAACACUGGAGUGGGAGUCGCGACUUCUCUCGGCCGGAUAGGUGGCAUGAUUGCCCCACUCAUAGCUGUAGGAUUGUUAGAGAGCUGUCAUCAGAAAGAAGCUGUGUUUGUCUUCGAUCUUGUACUCUUUUUUGCAGCAGUUGCCUGUGCCCUCUUCCCUCUAGAGACCAAGGGCUGCCAGAUUCAGUAAGAUCUCAGGCUCCGCAAUUCCCUUGGACGGACAGUUGUAUACCCAUCAGAUUAAAUUAUAGCUACCAUACAACUACA